AAUUUGGUUAAUGCGGUAACGAAUCGCAGCAGCUGUUCGAAUUUUACUUGAAUUUGUUUAUAUGGAAACGCUGCUAUGGUGAUCGGCGAUAGAAGGCAUACCGUGUAGGUGUAGGUGAUUGGCGAACAGAUUGAGUAAUACCGUGCGUAGCGGAUAGUUUAUGCCGUGGAUGUAAAAGCGUUACAAACUUUGCGAUUAUCGUCUUUGCCUCGUCAUGGAAGUGACAUCAUUGUUGCCUUCUAGACGUGCUUAAUUAGUGGAGCAGAUUUGCGUUGGCUUUGCAAACCACUAUCAGUUGAUAACAGUAUUAUAAAUCUUCGGGUGACUUGUCCGACUACCGGAAUCACUUUUUUUCAGACGAUAGCCUUUUGACCUGCAUCGGACGGGUUUUUGGCAGCAGCAGCAGCAGCAGAGGAAAACGGUCGUGUAUUCCGACGAAACGACGGGGUAGGGUGGCGCAAAGGGGGAAUGGUUCAUAGUAAAUCCCAGAUAGUCGGUACGAAGAAUGCAGCUCUGCUUGGAUGCCAACACGGACGCGCUCUUUAGUCUCAUGCGAACGUCGACGGAAUCAGCGAGCGGAAUCAGCGAACGACACAAUAAUCAAGAAACGUUGUAUUAUCAUCACAUAAGAAAUAGUCUCGGUAGUUGGAAUCAGCUGUAGACGAGGAUUUCAUGAGGAUAUGCCAAGCCGAUAUCGUAGAGUACUUUGCAGAAACGUUAGUAAGGUCAGGUACGCCUAGUUAAUCAGCGAAGAACGAUAAGCAAGCGAAGUAAUCACACGGGAGCUAAAGAAUCCGGGAUCAACUGAACUACGUCCGCGCACGGUGAGUGGACUUCGGUCAUCGAACUGUGGAACAGUACAUUAUCGUUACGGUGUGUUGGUCCAUUUUAUAGCGAUGCCCUCCAGUACUGGAUUAAUUGACGUGAUUAAAUACCCAAGGGCACUGUUCCGGACGGUGUUUGUAUUGGUUAACAACAUUUACUGCGUCCCAACCUAUCUAAUAUGGAUGCUACUGUUGUUGCCACUUAAGAAGAUCCACGAAAACUACUACUUCCGAAUCGAAGGAAUUCUUUUCCAUUGGUUGCUGGCGAAUGUCACGAUGUGGUCCAGUUCAGCAGGUUACGAUUUGGUCGAAGUAGGAGACGAUAUAACUCCGGCGCUGGACGAGCGGACACUAGUGUUAGCGAAUCAUCAGAGCACUUCGGAUGUCCCUCUGCUAAUGGCGGCUUUCAAUGCGAAAAAGAAUGUGCUGCCCAACAUCAUGUGGAUAAUGGAUCGGCUGUUUAAGUACACCAAUUUUGGCGCCGUUAGUUUGUUGCAUCAGGAUUUCUUCAUUGCUUCAGGCAAAUCGAACAGAGACAAAUCAUUAUUGGAACUGAAGAAACACCUCAAACAAUCAUACAUUCCACGUCAGAGACGGUGGAUGGUUUUAUUUCCGGAAGGUGGAUUUUUGCGGAAGAGAAAGGAAGUAAGUCAGAGAUACGCAGAGAGAAACAACCUACCAGUAUUAAACAAUGUGACCGUACCUCGGGUUGGUGCCAUGAAGGCUAUCAUUGAUGUGCUCGGUUCACCGGAUUCCCCUUGUCGGAAAACUAGCACGGAUUCAACCGGGUCGACGAUUGUAAUAGAAGAUCAUCAGUUUGGGCAGUCAGCAAAUCCGAAUUCGAGAAUGACUGAACAACAGAAACCAACACAGGAUGGCACAAACAAUAACAGCAGUACCAUAAUCAAUAGUGAAGCAAUAAUUACCGAUGACUGUGAUAAUUUUAAGGAUUCACCAUUUACCAAGCUGAACGGGAAACUGAACGACUGUUUAGAGUACAUUCUGGACAUUACCAUCGGUUAUCCCAACGGAAAACCGCUAGAUUUACCAAACAUCGUGCACGGGCUUAGAAAACCGUGUCAGACUUAUUUAUUCUAUAGGCUAUACCAUAAUUCGCAGGUUCCCCGGGAUACCGAAUCGCUCACACAGUGGCUGUACGAUCGGUUCAUCGAGAAGGAAAAGCUACUGGAAGAGUUCUACAGGACGGGAAUGUUUCCGUGCGGCUCGGAGGGAGCCUUGGUACAUCAGGAUUUGCUGCGGUUCUUAUUGAUCCAUCUGUUCUUCAUUACCUCCACCUACGUUCACUAUCAGCUGAUAUUGAUGCUGAUCAAUUACUCGAAUGUCAUGUACGUGUAUUUGCUUAGCAACAGUUAAGCCGAUGUCCCCCGGUUCAAGUAGAGUUUAAUGGAAAUGAAUCAAAGACUAACUUAAUGUAUUAGUAACUGAAACUGGUCACAACACAGAGGCAAAGCACAAGUUCUGUUGUCUGAAGGCACGUUCAGAAACAGAAAAAAAAGUCAGCAUAAUAAAAAUGCAUGCAAAAAACACAAGCAAAGUAAUCUUAUGAAAACAACAGGCACACAUAAAGACACAAAAACAGAAAUCUGAAUGCAGCUGCGAAGUAUUUAAAAUAGGUACCUAAUUUUUCCACUAUCCUUUAAUGUGUAAACCCUAAAUGAAGCUGUUCAUUCAAACAUAAGUUAUUAGAAUUAACGUGUGAGGCCAACCAAUUUCUUUUACAGUCGUGUAAGCAUCAACUUGUUUGAAAUACAAAAAAAAACGCAAAGCCAUUAGCUUAUAGAAUGUUGCAAAAAACAAAUGGCAUCAUGAAUCGAACACAAAGGCACUGGUUCUAAAGUAUACUCGUAGGAUAAAAGACAAAAGACAAAGAUUAGUUGGUUGUCACCCAAAUAAGCUGUUGCAAACAGUGUUGAAAGACCGAUGCCUAAUUUUUUAAAUUAAAUGAUAAACUGUAAAUAUAUUUUAAACUUGUUUACCUCUUACUAUUCAAUCGGAUCGAUAUAAAACUUAAAACUGAUAAUGAUGCCUGCUAGCAAAAAGGUAAAUUUAUCUUUUGAAUUGUUUCAAUUGUGUGCGUGUAUGAUUGAUGGAAUGGGGCUUGAUGUUUGAAGAUAUUUGGUUCGCACAAUGUAAAGAAUAAUUGUAGCACAAAACGAUUGGAUCCAAGGCAGACCCAACAAGAAGAAUGAUUGAGGCGAUUGCUCGCCAGAGUUCGAUUCUCUGUUCAGGUUAAUUUUUCUCUAGUGCUGUUAGUAUGCUAAGCAACAGUUAUCAAAUAAGAAAUGUUCCUUUUCGUUUUGCUUUAAGAAAGUAAAUAAACCUGGAAAAUAAAUCAUCAUUUCAUCCA